AUGACCAGCUUUUUUCUUUGUUUGCCCUUGCACCCUGCAUUGCCCUGGCUACUGGUAUUCCUCCUGGGGGUCAGUAAUGCUUUUGAAGGACCUGAAGAAUACAAGACAUACAUCAUCCACAUGGACCGUUCACAGAAACCAGCAACUUUCUUAAGCCAUGAGUCAUGGCACAAGUUUACUCUAAAAUCGUUAUCUUCAUUUCCCGCUGACCAUGAAGAUAAGUUACUCUAUUCAUAUGACCAUGUCAUGCAUGGUUUCAGUGCCAGGCUCACACCCUCUCAACUAUCUGAACUCGAAAAGUCCCCAGCUCACCGUGCAACAUAUGAGGAGUCCUUUGGUAAGCUCUUCACAACCCACACCACCAAGUUCCUUGGCCUAAAAAGUAGAACUGGCAUAUGGCCUGCUUCUUCUUUUGGCAAAGAUGUUAUCGUAGGAAUAAUAGACACUGGAAUUUGGCCAGAAAGCGAGAGCUUUCAAGACAAAGGGAUGUCACCAGUGCCAGAGAGAUGGAAGGGCAAGUGUGAAAAUGGCACAGAUUUUGGCCCUUCAGCCUGCAACAGGAAGCUCAUUGGUGCUCAGUCUUUUAGCAAAGGACUCCAUGCUUCAGGCAAAAAAAUUUCCAAGGAAGAUGACUUCAAAUCAGCAAGAGACUACACUGGUCAUGGAACCCACACCUCGUCCACAGCAGCGGGUACCCAUGUACUUGGUACUAGUCACUUUGGGUACGCUAAAGGCACAGCCAGAGGGAUAGCACCAAAUGCACGUAUCGCUAUGUACAAGGUCCUCUGGUCAACAAGCACAGAGGAGACUGCAGCUACUGAUGUGCUCGCCGGCAUGGAUCGAGCUAUUGCUGAUGGGGUGGACAUCAUGUCUUUGUCUCUGGGAUUUACACAGACAUCUUAUUUCAAGGAUGUCAUAGCUAUGGCAUCUCUUUCAGCAAUAGAGAAAGGAAUUGUUGUUAUCUGUGCGGCUGGAAAUGAUGGAGGUCCAAACACAACAUACAAUGGAGCACCUUGGAUCACGACGGUAGGUGCUGGCACUGUUGACCGAAGUUUUGCAGGAAAAAUGCACCUUGGAAAUGGAGCAACUGUGGAAGGAACAUCAUAUUUCCCAGAAAGCAUAUAUAUUACUGACACACCUUUGUAUUAUGGGGAACGUAAUCGAAGCAAAGCAACAUGCAACCUUUAUGCUUUGGAUCCAAAAGAGGUUGACAGUAAGGUAGUCCUAUAUAAUAGCGGCAACAUUAGUGUCAUUAAACAAAUGAUAGAAGUUUUUAGGGCAGGUGGAUAUGCAGGCAUCUUCAUGGCGGACCAUGUGGCUUUAGGUCCAGACGAGUACUUCAUUCCUAGCCUGGUUUUAAAGACUAGUUCCGGGACUUCAGUCAGAGAGUAUGCAACCAAGGCAAAAAAAGCGAUGGUGAAGAGCAUGAGGUUCAUGAUGACAAGCUUGGGCACAAAACCAGCUCCUCUGGUUGCCCGUUUUUCUUCUAGAGGACCUGACCCAAUUAGCCCAGGUGUUCUAAAACCAGAUAUUCUCGCUCCUGGCGCAGAUAUUCUGGCAGCAGUUGCACCCAAUAAACCUGUCGGUACAAUAGGUAACUACGAUUUGGUCACAGAUUAUGCACUCUACUCAGGAACAUCAAUGGCAGCACCCCAUGUUGCAGGAGUUGCAGCAUUACUGAAGGCUGUCCACCAAGAUUGGAGCCCGGCAGCCAUAAGAUCAGCCAUCAUGACCACCGCAAAUAUAGUUGACAAUACAGGCACAACCUUCAAAGACCAAUGGACUGGACUCCAUGCCACACCUCUAGCUUCGGGGCAGGCCACAUCAAUCCCAAUAAAGCCAUGGAUCCAGGCCUGA